UAGAUACGGUUGCCUGGUACGAAUGUCUCUAUGCAUCGAUUUUAUACAUACAAUGACUCAAGUCAGUCGGCACUAUGACUUACACCAGUUAGCAGGAACACACACGUCUUCUAGACGAUCAGCUGUAGUAUCUAGUUAGGUAUUUCGCUUCCUAAGUAGUAGACAACGAAAACAUGGGCUUUCUUAAGUUUCAUUGAAAAAAAAACAGUCCUUUAUUUUUGUAGUCACAAGUCCAUUGACAGUUAUAAAAAUGACGACAAUGAAAAUUGGAGGGAAGAAAUGGAUAAGUGAAGAGACGUCAGAUGAAGAAGAAAUGUUCAACCAUUGUAGGGAAAUGGAAAUGGUAUGUUUUGCGAUAACGAAGGUCGUUUUAGACGCGGACAAUAAAUGGAGAGGAUCUGGCGGCAGACACAAUCACCAUUCCCUGUCCAACCGCAGUUAUAUUAUGGAGCUGGUGAAUAUUCAAGUGCUGGAUCAAAUAAUAGAUUACUUGGCAAAACUAGUGAAAUCCUUCUACAAAUUAAAUCCCAAGCUGGCAAGACUGAAGAAAGCCAACGGUUUGGUGCAGAGUAAACACGACCACAUCUUCGACAAGCUGUGUAGCACCAGGUUCAUUAUGCUGCAGUGCAUCAAUGGCCUCAUUACCACGAUACUUAGCACGUGUCUGCAUAGAGAAGAUUGUAGGAAAAUGAUUGAAUCUUGUUUAAGUUUAGUGUCAAUAUACAACCACUUCAACGGACUGAGCUACAAGAGAUUCGCUUCAAAGUUCAGCAUCUGCAGUAACACGUACCCAAGCACUAUAAGCGAAACCAAACCGAUUACACUUACCAAAAUCGUACAGAUCUUGUCGAAAAGUCGUGUAGAAAUCAACUGUCAUCGUUUGAUAAACUGUCUGCUAAGGGUGUACAAACCUGAGGAAAAUUCGGAUAACGACUCUACCACCAGCACUUCAGAGAGCUUGGAGAUUUAUCACACUCUAACGAAACACAUAACACCACCGACGUCGACAACUUCGGUGUCGGUAGAGAAGCGUCGUGAAGCGUUCAUAGAGCACAAGAAGGCAAGGAUGAAGCAUGCGCAAAGCCUUGUCGAAGUGAAGAAUGAACACAACAAGAGACUCAGCGAAACCACACAAAACUCUGAUAGCGAUGUCGCUUAUACCUCCUUGCUCACCAAUGCCCAAGUUAUUGAGAAUGUCUUUAGUAAUGAAGAAAACGUAAACAGCAUUCUACAAGGCGAAGAAAUCUACAUUGAAAUACUUUUGGAUACAGUUGCAAACAAGUCUCCUACGCUGUUAGGAAAUACUGGCGUGAGGAAAUUAAAAUCAGGACGAGUACAAGCCAGUAAAAAAGCUGCUCAUAAGGUUACGGAGUACUAUCAAAAUAUUCUUUGGGGCGACGUAGGUAGUUGUCUGGAGCACAUAGUCCUUUGGUGGUCUUCGUAUCCUUUAGCUACGAGAUCCCCUAACACCAGUCAAAAUCUAAGAGAAUGGUUGUUCUUAACUUUUAACGAUAACAAUACUCCGGAGCUGGUAAGAGCUGCACUAAGAAUAUUAGCCGACGCUUUAGGGUGCCAUGUGACAUCUACCUCAUGGGAUAAACACUUCGGUGCUACUUUGACAACAAAUUUGAACCCAACAUCUUUGAAAGUUUAUCCAGAUCUGUCACUACAAAUUACUGAGUGCACCACGUCCGGCGCUAACUUCGCUCAGAUGCUCCAAGAAUUGGUGACUCUCAACAACCACUGCGAGGUCACCUGGGACUAUAUACUUGGGGCUCCGUUAGAGGACUUGCCUCUAGUCGAACAGAUACCCAUUCUACAUAGACUUGAUCACUCCAUCCACACGUAUCGACUAUGGUGCUUAGCGGAGACCCGUCGUCUCGCUAAUUCGUGGGACAUGCACAAUUUCUUCCUGGUAGCCCACAACGACAUGCAAGCCUGCAUGGAGCAACUUGUCAGCCUGAGGUUUGCUGAUCAUACGGUCGCUAUAGAAUCCGGUAAAAUCGGCGUUCACGAAAACGUAUGCGCUAAGAUGAGAGAGAAAUUAGUGUCUGAAGUUAAAGUUAACAUACAGAAAUUGAAGGACGCAACAGAAGAGAUACUGUUCGUACUAUCAUCGGUCUGUGCUACCACGAGUCUAGCCCACCUGACUAUGAUGUUCCCGACCAACGCAGAGUGGCGGAGGGUAACUCGACCACCUACAAUAGAGUUCUCUGGUUAUGUCCAUGACUUCCUGAAUACAAUGCUUCUACCAGCAGUUAAAGCCACGACAGACAUCGCUACACUAAACACAAUAUUGAGGAUAAUGGGCGAGUCGUGGCUUCAUCAUAUUUAUGUAGCUAAAGUCAAAUUUACUAAAGACGCAGCACUUCAACUAUUGGCUGAUUUCAAUGAAGUCCGGAACUGGUUGAAUGACUGCACGUUUCUGUCGAGCGAGGCCAAGAAGAAGAUACUACAGAACGAAGUUUUAAGGAGAUGUGAGGGUGUUGGAAGACUCUUGUUGCACGCGCCUGGCGACCUGAUAUCUAUGCAAGACUCCACUAUGCAGUCGGCGCAACAAAGACGGAAAGAAGAGAGCGACACCCCUGAACAAAUGAUGCCCGCAGAAAUGUACGUACCGAAUCAGAAGCAAUGGCUGACGUUACGAGCGAAGAAACUGACAGGCCCGCUCGCUUUUACUAUGUGUUGUAUUGUAUUCUGUUAAACAGAUACCUAUCUA